AACCUAUCUCCACAACUCCCAUAGACCGUUGUUCAUUGUUUAAAACACGAUCAGAAUAUUUAGAUAAAAUGUGCUAAAGGUGUCCCAUCUUCCCCCACCCUAUUUCAACUUUUAUUAAAACAUUGAAAUUUUCUUUCAAAUUACAUCUUCCUAUUAGAUUACAUUUUCUUUAAUCGAUAUGAAUUUCUUGAGGAAAAAUCCUAAUUGGCAUUUAAUCCAUUCAAUAACCUUGGCUUUGUAAUUUGCAUUGAUUAACUACUGAAUGCCUGGCUAUGUAUUACUUUGGAAGGAAUUUUUUUACUGAAUGACUCCGUAAUCAGACACACAAUGUAUAGCAGAAUUUUAUCAAGCGUUUUUUCUUAUUAAUUGUAGUAAAUACUUCUGUGCAGUAUUUCUUUAUUAAAAACUUUGUUAGCCAUAAUUACGGCCAUGAUUUUAAUGUUUUUAAUACUAUUUUGAUACAUCAUUGGACAAAUGUAAUCUAGGGCCUAUCCCACACAGUGACCAGCUUUGAACUAAUGUAAUAAUAUAACAUGGUGGCGAUGGUGGCAAGACUAAUUGCUUGGUAAUGCUAACAUUUUAUUGAAUCUAUGGCUUUAUCUUAGCUUUAACUUACAUUUUGUAAACCUUUGAAGAAUUUUGUAUAUUUUACACCAAAAACCCCAGUGUUCCAUAAACCUCUUUUAUUUCUCAACAAAAUAGUAAUUUUACUGCUAGGAAUCACAUUUUAAUAGUUUCGCCUUUUGUAGUAUUUUGUAUAUUUUAUAACAAAAACCACAAUAUUUCACAAACAUGCUUUUGUUUCUUAACAAAACAGCAAUUUUACUGCUAGGAAUAAAACUUUAAUAGUUUGCCCCAAGGGUGUAAUGUGUUGGGUGGUAUUAUAUGACAAGUUGUAUCUUAUUUAUACCAUGGACACCUCAUUUACAGCAUAAUUGCCGUCAUAUACUCCCCCAUGCUGGUCACAGUAAUUAUACAGCUUUGUAAUCCAAUGCAUUCUACCCUACCACCCCUGCAAUAAAUAACAUGUUAUGAUGUUUUAGACACUCUGCACACUGGAACAGGAACUAACAGCUUUGCUGGGGAGAUUCCAUAUUGAAAUGAAAGGUUUACUUGGCUUCGCUCGGCUACGGAGUGGUGACCAUUAUGAGGUCAUCAUUCGCUACGGCAACCAGAAAUGGAAGAUGAAAGGCUCGGUCAAAUCUGCGUUCGACCAAACUUGGGAUUCAAUGGAAAAAUCGAUGCAGCCCCUGCUGAGCGAUCUCAUUAAUAUUAAAGUAACAGAGGUAAAAAUACUUGGAAAACAUUCACUUGUUGGAAAUGUAUCGUGUGAAACUAAAGACCUUUUCAAAGUUGACCCUCAGAAUCUGCUUGUUGAUUUAAAUGAUCUGGCAACACUGAAGUUAAGUCUUCAAAUAACUUGGAGUCCAUUCGACGGGUAUGAGAUGACACCAAGUGGUGGAAGUUCGUUUGCUUCAAAUUCUCGUCUUCGAUCGAAAUCUGUGAUCGAGCGACCGUCCUCUUCUCUAGCGUCACCUAGGAACCGAUUGUCGACCGCGUUUACUCGUCCAAUGUCGGUUAUUUAUCAGUCAUCAGCUAAUUCAAAUUCAAACAACAACCAUCGACCAAUCACAUCGCAGAACAGUUUGAAUGGACCAAUCAGAAUCUCAGAACCUCUAAAAUAUUACCCAAUAGCAGAAGAUUCUUCAAGUACUGAUGAAAAUCGGAACAAAAAAUCAAACCAGGCUGACAACGAUGAUGUCUUCCCCCACUCCAAAGAAGAAGAAGCUUUCCUCGCUGCCAUUUCUCGCAAUGUUAAACGAACACUAGAGGGCAAUGUGGAGACACCACUGUCGCCCCCUGUUCCUAUACCUGAAGUUAUAAUAACGCCGAAGAAACAAGCAAGCUACCACGAACGUUGCAUCAGUAAAGCGUUAAUCACCGUGGCAACCAACGUUAACUUUGCUAUGGAUGAUUAUCGAGGUCGUUACGAUGACCUACGACACCUAGAGGAUGUUUUGAUCAGGCUACUAUUGACACUGAAGAAAAAGCAAAAAGAUGUUAAAACUGAUGGUUUUCAAGUCGUUUCUUCAGAUGAGGAAGAGAGUAAAGGCGAUGCUGACAAACCAAUUUAUACGACGGGUAAACUAAUCGCUGACGAAGCUUUGAUACCUCAUUUGGAACUUGUUGAAUACUUAUUAAAGGAUCUUGGACAAUUCGGACCUCUUAAAGUCAAAGAGAUUCUUGCGUUAGAUAAGUUAAAUAGACAGUGUGAUGUCAUAGAGAGGUUGUUAGAUAUCGGAACAUCAGAUGAUGAUGUCAUAAUUGAAGAAUUUGAAGAGUUAGAAGACCGUCGUGAUUUGUUUGAGAUGUGGCGAUCCUGUUGUGAUGGAAGGACAGCGUUGUGCGUCAGUGUUCGAACUUUGAGGUUGGAAUUAAAGUCGGAACAUGGGAGGGAAGUCCGUACAAAACAUACAGAUGUGGUGGAUAUAGUGUUCCCCGAGCUCGUGAAACGAAUAUUCGGGCGACCUGAUUUAUCGGACAUUGAAACUAAAACGGUGACAUUGUUUCACGUGAUCGAUUACGUCAAUGAAGCAUCGGACAGCGUGCAUGAGGACUUUGGGAAGCUCGUGGACAAGCUUGCUCUUGAAUUGUUUAUUACCACCACGUUAUCAAGUAGUAAUCGUGAUCUUGUGUUGGUCGCCAUCAAACGAUUAAGUUCGUUACUUGCGUUACGUCUCAGUAACUUGAGGGCCCUGUCGCACCUCGUGCUCGAUGCUGACACUAUGAUACGAUCAGCAGCUGCUGCCCAUAUUAAACAUAUAGCUACUGAAGAACCAAUGAAAGAAAAGGCUUUAGUCUCAUACGCUGAGCUCCUUGAAAGCCCCCAGAAACGAGACCGACAGUGCGCAUGCAUAGCAUUGGGAUUCAUGAAAGAAAAGAAAUGCAUUCCACAAAUGGCUUAUCUUUUUACCUGCGAUCCUGAGAAGGAAGUUAGAGAAGCGGCUUCAACUGUUUUGCUUUCAUUAGGUGAAGAAGGUGAAAAAGCUCGUGAAGCUGCGUCUUCCACUUUACUAAUGCAAACCAUGACUCAACAAGUUUCAAUAUCCAAUCCUGCGAGGAUGGGAACUGCGCUGUGAUUACGUCAAAAUAUUUACCUUCCAAAAUGACUUUAUCAUAUUUUUGCUUUCUUGCCUUAUAUUUGCUAACUGUUAAUGAAGUAUUUGGACUUUGUUUUGAAUCUAACAUCACAGAUUAUGUUUUUGCCACACUGUAGGUGUUCGAAGUCAUAUAUAUUUGUCAAUUAAAAAGUGUAAGCAAUAAUUACGAAACAUUUUUUGUAAUGAAAUGUCUUUUUCGUAUUGCAAGCUUUUGUUUCCUAACCUGCAUGCCAAUAUGCACAAAGUAAAAAUAAUCAUAGUAA